AUGCUGGCCGAGCUGGGGUCCUGUCUGCUGCUGGCAGUGGCUCUGCUGGGCCCAGGCCCCAGGGCCCGAGCCAUGAAAGGUGUCAAAUGUGGGGGAGUGCUCUCAGCACCUUCUGGAAACUUCUCCAGCCCCAACUUCCCCGGACUCUACCCCUACAACACGGAGUGCAGCUGGCUGAUCGUGGUGGCCGAGGGCUCCUCCGUACUCCUCACCUUCCACGCCUUUGACCUGGAGUACCACGACACCUGCGGCUUCGACUUCCUGGAGAUCUACAACGGGGCCGCGGGGGACCAGGGCAACCUGCUGGGGCGGUUCUGCGGCCAGGUGCCCCCACCACCCUUCACCUCCUCCUGGCAUAUCCUGUCGGUCAUCUUCCACUCGGACAAGCACGUGGCCAGCCGUGGCUUCUCCGCAGGCUACCAGAAAGAUGCGUGCGGCGGCGUCCUGACGGGCCUGUCGGGGGUCCUCACCAGCCCCGGAUACCCCGACCACUACCCCAACGACGCGGAGUGCCGCUGGGUGAUCCGGGCCGCCGGCCCCGCCACCGUCAAGCUGGUGUUCGCCGACUUCCAGGUGGAGGGCAGCGCCGAGUGCGCCUACGACUACGUGGCGGUGCUGGGGGCGCCGGGGCCCGCCCGCGGGCACCGCUUCUGCGGCGGCGCCCGGCCCCCCGCCCUGGUGUCCCGGGGCUUCGAGCUGCAGGUGGUUUUCAAGUCCGACUUCAACAUCGGAGGCCGGGGCUUCAAGGCCUACUUCUUCUCAGGGGAAUGCCAGGAGGUGUACACGGCCGUGCGGGGCAACUUCUCCAGCCCCCACUACCCCAGCGCCUACCCCAACAACGUCCGCUGCCACUGGACCAUCCGCCUGCCUCCCGGCUACCGGGUCAAGCUGUUCUUCCUGGACCUGGAAUUGGAGGGGCCCAACAGCCUCACCAAGACCUGCGACUUCGACCACCUGGCGGCCUUCGACGGGGCCAGCGAGGAGGCGCCCCUGCUGGGGCGCUGGUGCGGCCGCCACCUGCCCCCGCCCGUCACCUCCAGCCGCAGCCAGCUCCUGCUCCUGCUCCGGGCCGACCGCAGCACCUCCAGCAGGGGCUUCUCCGUGGCCUACAUAGGAGUUGUGCCCAUGAACGUGAGCUGCUCCCGCAUGGACUUCCAGAUCCUGAUCUCCACGCAGGCGCUGGCCCCCCUGGGGCGGACCCAGGUCUACCUGGGCAGCCGGCGCUGCGCGGCCCAGGAGGUGGACGGCACCUUCCGGAUCCAGGCCCGCUUCGACACCUGCGGCACCGAGUCUCAGAGGAGGAACAACACCUCGGUGAUCGUCAGCACGCUGUACAUCGACUUCUCGGCCGGCGGGCAGGAGGACGUCCACCAGUACGAGGUCCUCUGUGAGCCCCGGCGCAAGGAGGCCUCUGUCCGCCUGCUGUCCGGCUCCGACUGGCUGGGGCCCUACGCCGCCACGGCCGAGCACCUGCAGGAAGCGCCCCCCGGGGACGAGGCGGAGGCACUGCCGGGCCCUGCGGCCCUGGUGGCCCAGGACACCAGCGACAUUGUCUUCCUGGGCCUGUGCAUCCUGGCUGGAGUCCUCAUGGUCAUGGCCAUCGUGGUGCUGAUGCUGCUGUGA